AAGCAGUUGACUGGGGAACUGCGAGCCAAGGCCAAGUUGCUCAGGCACCUGCUGUGUUCCAUGCCCGCUGGGGCCGUGGCUUCACAAGACAAGAGAUGCCAAUAAGGUAAUUCUAGAAGAUUCUUUAGAUGGAGAUCUUCUUAGAGGAACAUGCCAAGCAGUUGACUGGGGAACUGCGAGCCAAGGCCAAGUUGCUCAGACAUUUACUUUGUUCCAUGCCCGCUGGGGCCGUGGCUUCGCAAGACAGAGACGCCAACAAGAAAGAGAUAGCGCGACUCGGCGGCGGCGCCAUGGCGGCUGUAUGGGGCGGCGACCCCGCUGGAAUCACGAGAGAACUUGCGCUGGAGAUGACCGCGCGGCUACAAGCGGUCUUGGAGGACGCGCUACUCAAAAAUAUCACGCUAAAGGAAAAUAUAGACACCCUAGGAGCAGAGAUUUCGAGGCUAAAAGAAAAGAACUCAAGCACUGAACCUAAGUGAAGAAUAGAAACCUGAUGUAUAGACAGCUUAUAAAAGAUAUAGGUACUUAUCUAAACAUCAACUUUGUGGUUAUACAGAUGUCUCAGCUAUGACAUUGUCAAGAGGGCGCUACUAUCAAUAUUGGAUUAUUAAAGUUUAACGAUUUUGAACCGUCAAAUGGCAAAGAUCGGAAAUAGUAACCCGGCAUUGAUGGCAGCGCCCUCCUGCAAUUGACAUUUCAGUGUUUUCCAACGUGGCAAAAAUCGGAACUAACAACCCAGUUGAUAGUAGCGCCCUCCUGUCAAUGUCUUGAACGAGGUGUUACUCCAUAUGAGAUGUGGGCGGGCAGUAAACCAGAUCUAAGCCAUGUAAGAGUGUAUGGUAGCCCAGUCAUGGUUCACAUUCCUAAAGAGCAACGGAAAAAAUGGGAUAAGAACUGGCCAUACCGAGUGAUUUAUUCUCCAGAGGUUCAUACAGACUUGUGUGGGCCAAUGGAGAAUAAAUCACUCGGUAUGGCCAGUUCUCUGGGACGGUUUCGUGUCGGACAACUAUACAUUUUGACAAGUACAUGUCAAGUGUAAUAGUUUUUAUGUUUGAAUCGCGGAAUUAAAAUAUUUUUCAAUUUCAAACAUUAGAUUUCUAACAAAAAAUCUUUUAAAGCUGACUAUACAAUAAUAAUUCGAUAAAAAAUCAAAUAUCGAUCGAUCUGACUUGACAAUGGAGAUUAGGACGAAAUUGACAUUCCCAAAUUUAAAUUAUUUUAAAUGUUUAAAUUAUCAUAAGUAUUUGACUGUUGGUUAUACAGAAAAAUAAGUAUACUAAAUAAAAUAUCACUUAAAAAUAAAUAAAAUCCAAUUAUAAUACAAAUAAAAGUUAAAUAAAUGUAAAAUAUUAUUAUGAAUAUUUUUCUGUUCAACUAAUGCGUAAAAUUAUGAAAUUCCAAAUGUAUAUUUAUUUUUUUAUUUAUAGCAGCAUUUGAAGGUCACAUGUACUUGAUUAUAAUUAAUAUUAUUGUAAAUAGAUUUUCUUUUUUAUGUAAAGUGAAGGACGUAUUUUUUUUUUGCCGCCUAUUUCUUUGUUUUUGUGACACUGCCCUUAAAACUGGAAUAUCACCCCGGAAAAGGAUUGCCAGGCGAGGCGUUUACGUUACGGUGCAGAUAAGUGUUGUAAGUAUGCGUUGCAGUAUGGAGUUCCAUACAAACAAUACUGACCUCCUCGAUUUGAUACGGUUACGACGAUCCGUUUCCGGGUUGAUCCUUAGAUUCUGAGGUGCCUAUGAACUGAAUAAACUAACCUAGAGUGCAAAUAUGUGUCAUAAACUAUUGAAGACGUGUUUGUUGCAAAGUCACCAGUACUACGUCGAAAUAAGUUUUUGUCUCGAUGUGGCAUCGUCUGUACAAUUUAAUAUUGCAUGCUCAAUAUGAGCAAUCUGUUGUAACGAAUUUUAUGCCUUAACAACUGCAAACUGUACACAGAAAAAGCAAUAAAUACAUUCUAUUCUA